AUACGCUCGUCGAAAUUUCAUUCGCUCGCAUUGUUUAAAAAAGGAUCAACCAAAUCGAUUUUAUGUAAAAACGCUAAUAUUAAGCAGUCAAAAUUUUAAGUUUUAUAAAAAUGGCUCACAACCGCUACUUAGACCCCAUGGACCAAUUGAUGACUACGAAUCUGCCGCAGUUAAGGUCCAGCAUUAUUCCUUACCGACCUAAGCCAAAGUUAAUUCGAACCGAUUCCCCUAAAUUGGAGAACGACAAGCGCAAUGGGCUGGAUUUGCAGCUGCCCGAGGAACCAGAGCCAGUGAAAGAAAAACGAGUGCGCUGGGCUCCAAUGUAUGGUGAUAGAAUCGAGAUUAAGUCCUCCACUUACAUAAGUCCACUGAGCUCCAAACAGAUCCGAUUUGAUGAGGAGACGCCAGAUGAGGUGAGACUGGCGAACGAGCUCAGAUUGGCGGUGCAUCGUGGUGGUGGUUCUAUCGAUCCCGAGAAGAACUACGAGCUGAGGGCUCGACUAUCACCCUUGCAGUUGCCCUACAGUCGUGUGCAACGGAUCCUAAGGGAGUGCGAACUUAACGAGAGGAAUCAGAGCACCUAUAGCCUUCCCAUGGACUAUGGUCGUCAGUUAGUAGCCAUGGUCUGCAAGGUCCGGACGGAUAAUCUCAUCGAUCUGAAGCUCCGUUUGGCCUCAUUAAUGAGACAUAGCAAAGCACGCUUUUUCAAUCGCCACUUAUUUAACGAAACUGGUCUGAUUGAAGCGACUUUGCCAAGCAAAACUCCCUUAAAUUUCGAGGAUUUCAAUCAAACAUUGCGAACGGAUGCUUUGUGGUGCAAGGCCACCGAUAGCGCCAUUACCGAUUUGUCAAAAGGUGCCGUUUUGUUUAAAUGUCGUCCCCAUGAUCUCCGAGAGGUUACCGAUAAACUGCGGCAGUGCAGCUAUAAGAUUACCCACACGGAAGUGGGACACUGCCCAAACAAGUCGCUGGUGGAUUUAACAGAUCGACAAAUGGCCCGGUACCAGGAGUUUUGUAAUCUUCUUAGGGAGGACGAAGAUGUUGUAAAGAUCUAUGACAAUGUUCGAUGCCACUAGUUAAUCUGAAAUUCCAUGGUAUUCCAAAUUAUUUGAAGUGAAAGUGAAAUCU